GUGUGCUAGGAGAUUUUAAAAGCACCUGCGAACAGCAAUGACAAGCAGUGAUUGUUCCGAGUUCACUUAAGCCCUGGCGGCUUUGGCAUUUCUCCAGGGAAUUAGCUAGGAGGUCCAGGUCAGAUGGAGGAGAAAAGUAGGAAAGACCAUCGGGCUUUGCUCAAUCCAGGAGAGGAGAAUGAACUGGAGGUGUUUGGUUACGAGACCCAGAAUCUACGCAGAGUCCUCUGCCUCCUAAUAUCCGUGCUGACCUGUGGGGUCCUCCUGCUGGUGUUCUACUGGAAGCCCCAGUGGAGGGUAUGGGCCACCUGCAUUCCAUGCCCCUUGCAAGAAGCAGACACCAUUUUGCUCAGGACAACGGAUGAAUUUCAAAGAUAUAUGAGGAAGAAGGUAAUCUGCCUCGACUUAUCUACACUGAAGUUUCCUAUAAGCAAGAACCCAGAAGAACCCCUGUUGGCUGACAGCCACUCUAUUAUAAACCAAGCCGUACUGAAGCCAGAAUUAAAACUGCGAUAUAUCCAAGUGCAGAAAAUCAGGUAUGUUUGGGACAACGUGGAAAAGAGGUUCCAGAAAGUUGGGUUACUGGAAGAUAGCAAUUCCUGCUAUGACAUCCACCAUACAUUUGGACUGGGUCUCACCAGUGAAGACCAAGAAGUCAGAAGAUUAGUAUGCGGGCCCAAUGCCAUCGAGGUUGAAAUCCAACCCAUAUGGAAGCUGCUUGUUAAACAGGUUUUAAAUCCAUUCUACGUGUUUCAAGCUUUUACCCUAACUUUGUGGCUGUCUCAAGGUUACAUCGAAUAUGCAACGGCCAUCAUCAUCUUGUCUGUUAUCUCCAUUGUCUUAACUGUGUAUGAUUUGCGACAGCAAUCAGUUAAGCUGCACAAACUUGUGGAGGAUCACAACAAAGUCCAGGUUACAAUCAGUGUAAAAGGCCAAGGUUUACAGGAGCUGGAAUCCCGUCUCUUGGUUCCCGGAGAUAUUCUUAUUCUUUCAGGAAAAUCUUCAUUGCCCUGCGAUGCUGUUCUGAUUGAUGGGAGCUGUGUGGUGAACGAAGGCAUGCUCACAGGGGAAAGUAUACCUGUUACAAAGACACCAUUGCCUCACACGGAGAACACCACAUCCUGGAAAUCCCACAGUUUGGAGGACUAUCGGAAACAUGUCCUUUUCUGUGGGACAGAAGUUAUUCAGGUCAAGCCCACUGGGCAGGGCCCAGUAAGAGCAGUCGUUUUGCAAACAGGUUACAAUACAGCCAAAGGAGACUUGGUGAGAUCCAUCCUCUACCCUCGGCCUCUGAACUUCAAACUAUACAGUGAUGCCUUCAAGUUCAUAGUGUGUCUGGCCUUCCUUGGAGUCAUGGGCUUUUUCUAUGCCCUUGGGGUAUAUAUGUACCAUGGAGUCUCUCCCAGAGAUACUGUGACCAUGGCCCUGCUCCUCCUCACCGUGACUGUGCCUCCCGUGCUGCCAGCUGCCCUGACCACAGGCAUCGUGUAUGCACAAAAGAGGCUGAAGAGGAAGAACAUCUUCUGUAUCUCCCCCCAGAGAAUCAAUAUGUGCGGGCAGAUCAACCUCGUGUGCUUUGACAAAACUGGGACUCUUACAGAAGAUGGGCUGGACCUCUGGGGGACUGUCCCUGCUGCUGACAGCUGUUUCCAGGAAGUCCACAGCUUUUCCUCAGGCAAGGCUCUGCCCUGGAGCCCACUGUGUGCAGCCAUGGCCAGCUGCCACUCUCUGAUCCUCCUCAAUGGGACCAUCCAGGGAGACCCACUGGACCUCAAAAUGUUUGAGGGCACCUUCUGGAUAAUGGAAGAUUGCAAUGUAGACCACUGCAAAUUUGGGAUAUCAGCUUCAAACAUAAUAAUAAAACCAGGACCAAAAGCCAGUCAGAGUCCUGUGGAAGCCAUCACCAUCGUGCGCCAGUUUCCAUUCUCCUCCAGCCUACAGAGGAUGUCUGUGGUGGCCCAGCUGGCAGGGGAGGAUCACUUCCAUGUCUACAUGAAGGGUGCCCCGGAGAUGCUGGCCAGGUUCUGUAGUUCUGAAACAGUGCCCAAGAAUUUUGCACAGGAGCUGAGGAAUUACACAGUGCAAGGCUUCCGUGUCAUUGCCCUUGCCCACAAGGCCUUGAAGAUGGGGAAGUUUUCAGAAGUGGAGAGCUUAACCAGAGAGAAGGUGGAGUCAGAGUUAACAUUUCUGGGACUUCUCAUAAUGGAGAAUCGCUUGAAAAAGGAAACCAAACCAGUCUUGAAGGAACUGAGUGAGGCCCGCAUCAGAACCGUGAUGAUUACAGGUGACAACCUUCAAACAGCCAUUACUGUUGCAAGGAAUUCCAAAAUGAUUCCUCAAGGAAGCCAAGUGAUUCUUGUUGAAGCCAAUGAACCUGAAGAGUCUGUCCCUGCCUCUGUGACCUGGCAGCUGGUAGAAAACCAAGAACGUGAACCUGGAAAGAAUGAAAACUACAUUAAUAUUGGAAACAGCUCAGUGCCUGAUGGAGAAAGAGGGAGCUGUUACCAUUUUGCAAUGAGUGGGAAAUCAUACCAAGUGAUAUUUCAGCAUUUCAACAGCUUGCUUCCAAAAAUUCUGGUGAAUGGAACCAUUUUUGCAAGAAUGUCUCCGGGGCAGAAAUCUAGCCUUAUUGAAGAAUUUCAGAAAUUAAAUUACUAUGUAGGCAUGUGUGGAGAUGGAGCAAAUGACUGUGGGGCUUUGAAAAUGGCUCAUGCGGGCAUAUCACUGUCAGAACAGGAGGCAUCUGUCGCCUCCCCUUUCACUUCGAAAACAGCCAACAUCGAGUGUGUGCCUCAUCUCAUCAAAGAAGGACGAGCUGCUCUGGUUUCAUCCUUUGGUGUAUUUAAAUACUUGACCAUGUAUGGCAUCAUCCAGUUUAUUGGUACAUCCUUGCUCUAUUGGCAACUACAACUCUUUGGGAAUUACCAGUAUCUCAUGCAAGAUGUUGCCAUUACCUUGAUGGUCUGUUUAACAAUGAGUUCCACUCAUGCCUACCCAAAGCUGGCUCCGUAUCGACCAGCAGGACAGCUCCUCUCUCCCCCUUUGCUGCUCUCAGUCCUUUUGAAUACCUGCUUCACCUGCAUCGUGCAGGUCUGUGCAUUUCUCUACGUGAAGCAGCAGCCCUGGUAUUGUGAGGUCCACAGAUACAGUGAAUGCUUCCUGGACAACCACAGUAAUUUUUCAACGAAUGAGAGUUUGGAAAGAAACUGGACCGAAAGUGCCACUCUGAUUCCUGGCUCAGUUUUGAGCUUUGAGAGUACCACGCUGUGGCCCAUCACCACCAUCAACUGUAUCACAGCAGCAUUUAUCUUUUCUAAGGGAAAGCCAUUUCGAAAACCCAUCUACACAAACUAUAUAUUCUCAUUUCUGCUGGUAUCUGCCUUGGGCCUCACAGUUUUCAUUCUGUUUUCGGAUUUUCAAGACAUAUACAGUGGAAUGGAGUUCAUCCCAACCAAAACAUCAUGGAGGGUUUCAGUUCUGGUGGCAGCCUUCACCCACUUCUGUGUGGCCUUCUUUGCAGAGGAUGCCAUCCUUCAAAAUCGAAAGCUCUGGCUAUGGAUCAAGAAAGAGCUUGGAAUCUAUUCUAAAAGUUCAUAUAGGAACUGGCAAAAAAAACUGGCAGAAGACCCAACCUGGCCUCCCACAAACAGGACAGAUUAUUCAGGUGAUGGCAAAAAUGGGUUCUAUAUCAACCAAGGCUACGAAAGCUCUGAACAGAUUCCAAGAGAAAAACUCGAAUUGGGAGGCCAAACCACAGAACAACAUUUUUGGACCAGAUUGUAAUCAGACUUGUUCUUACACUUACACUUGUUCUUAACAGCAUCCCCCUUUCUCCCAGAAACUACUAUAGAGAGGUACCGAUAGUCUACCCUGAUCUUUUCUUUCUCCAUGUGAAGAUUCCAAGUGUAUUUCUCAGUGUAUUGAGCCUUGCAACAAAGGCCUUUAAACAUGUCUGUUUUGACGGUAUCCUCUGUCAUUGAGGGAAAAGAUACAUUUCCUUGAUUAUCACUUUUUUCUAACAAACCAUAUCCACAAUGCAUGGCAUGAUCCUGGUUAAGAUGCAUAACUUUUCAUGGUAGUAAAAUUAAUAGUGUGGAUAUCAGCAGAAGAAAGAAAAAUUGCAGGGGAGUUUGAAAGUUUCACCAAUAUAUUUUU